AUGGCGGCCGAUGGGGACGUGCUGCAGCGGGACCUUUACGGUCUGCUCGGGGUUGGGGAGAACGCGUCGGAGAAGGAGGUCAAGAAAGCGUAUCGCCAGAAGGCCCUGACGUGUCACCCGGAUAAGAACCCGGACGAUCCCAAAGCAGCGGAAAUCUUUCACCAACUAUCUCAGGCCUUAGCAGUGCUAACAGAUGCGGCAGCAAGGGCAGCAUAUGACAAAGUGAGAAAAGCCAAGAAGCAAGCAGCAGAAAGGACACAAAAGCUUGAUGAGAAGCGGAAGAGAGUAAAACUUGAUCUUGAAGCCAGGGAACGAGAAGCCCAGGCCCGUGAGAAUGAAGAGGAGGAGAUCUGGAUAACAAGAACACUAGAACAAGAAAUAAUACGCCUUCGUGAAGAAGGCUCCCGUCAACUUGAGGAGCAGCAGAGACUCAUUCAAGAACAGAUCCGACUUGAGAGAGAGCAGCGCAUCAAAGGCAAAUACGAGGGAAAUGGAGCAGAAGGCAAAAUAACCCCCAAACUCAAACUAAAAUGGAAGUGCAGGAAAGAAGAUGACACAAAAGGGGGAUAUUCAAGAGAUGUUCUGAUGCGGAUCCUGCAGAAGUAUGGUGAUGUGCUCAAUUUGUUGAUCUCAAGUAGGAAGACAGGGAGUGCGGUGGUGGAAUUUGCUACGGUUAAGGCUGCUGAGAUGGCUGUGAAGAAUGAAGUUGGCCUGAUAAAUAAUCCUCUAAAGAUUUCCUGGCUGGAGGGCCAGCCCCAGAAUUAUCCCAGCACUGUCCCCUCCAACAGUGCUAGUCAGCCGAGGACUUCAGAGAGGUCAGUGGUCUCAGAGCGAGACUAUGAGAGCUUGGUGAUGAUGCGGAUGCGCCAAGCAGCAGAGAGACAGCAGCUCAUUGAGCAGCUCAAGCAGGAAGACCAGGAAGAGUCUCACACCUAGGAUAAGGAAGUAUGGAUUCCCUCCACCCAUCAUUCUUCAUUUAAAAAGCUGUUUUCUUAAAUUAAGUCA